GCUCCCCGCACCCCUCCACUGCACAGUGGGCCGUCCGGCGCCUGGAGCAUCGUGUUUGCUGAGGGCCGGGCAGCCGUUGACCGAGGCUGCGAUGGCGGCGGCAGGCCGGGGUCGGGAGCAGGACUCGGCGCGCUUCGUCUAUGUGACGCGCUUCGGCUCGCAUCAGUGCGGUGGCGUCCUGCAGCUGGGCGGCCGCGGAGCUCAAGGCCUUUGGGGUCAGGGGUCCAGGGCUGGCUGUCGCCAGGAGAAGCCGAGGGAAGCACCGGCGGUGGCGGGAGCCCAGGGUGGCAGUGAGUUGCCCUCCGGUUCCCGGCCCAGGGUCGCCACGACCCUUGGUGUGGAGGCCGCUGCCCCUGCCUCCUCCCAGCUGCGGACGUCGAGCGUGCGAAGCGGCACCAGACCGUUGGCGCGUGCAGGUUUAAUCCAGAAGGAUGCAGCUAAAAAGUUUGAUUUUCCCAUACCAUUGAAUGAAGCUUCCAAAAUAAUGAAGAAAAAGAAAAAGGUUUUAGUAUGGAAUAGAGUAUACAAAGUCAUUUCAAGAAUGCUUGAAGAAAAUGAAAAAUAUAGACACAGGCUGAAAUGCCAAAGGUUAUCUAGUGAAAGCUCAAAUUAUACAAGAUGA